AUGGCCAGCAAUCCUUCACGCCGGGCGCAGCUUCGCGGAGCCGCCGGCGCGUCCCCUUGUGAGGGCGCCGAGGGAGCAGCGCUUCCGCCUUCGCUGUUCGCCAAGGGCCCCUUCCCCUUCCGCGCUGCCCUCCUCGCCUCCGCCGCUCCCGACUCGCUUCCGCCAGGCCCUGGCGGGGCAACGCAGUCGGCGGGCGUCGAGACGCCGGCGCAGCGCCGCCAAGCAGCCGCUCCGCCGUCGGACGGCGGUCGGACUGAAGCCGCCCAGUGCGCGGAGGGCGCGGAGGAGAGGGGCGCGAGUGACGGCAGCAAGGGCUUGGGCGGGCCGAGGCGAGGGCUGACGUGUUGGAGUUGCGGGGAGACGUUUGAUGACGUGGCGGAGCAGCGCGCGCACUUCAAGAGCGACUGGCACCGCCUCAACGUCAAGCGCCGGGCAUGUGGGCGCGCAGCGCUGUCGGAGGAGGCCUUUGCGGCGCUGCUGGACGCCAGGCGCGCGGGGGAAGGGGGGGGGAAUGGGGGGAGGAGCCGGGGCACGCAGGGCAGUGCGGAUGCCGGCGCUGCUGUGAGUAGCGGGGCGGGCGGGACAGCAGAGGAGCGGGGAGAGGGGGGGGAAGACGACGAUGACUGGUCGAGCAUUUCAGGGUCGGAGGACGAGCAGGGAGGGGAGGACGCGGACGAGGGGCAGCAGCAGCAGGGGGAGGGGAAGCUGGCAGGGGCAGGGCGGGGGGCGAAGGUGCACUUCGUGCUGCCCCACACGGGCGUCACUUUCGCCCUCUGGCGCGUGCUCUUCCCCCCAGGUGCGCUCUUCCCCCCAGGUGUGCUCUUCACCCCAGGUGCGCUCUUCCCCCCAGGUGCGCUCUUCCCCCCAGGUGCGCUCUUCCCCCCAGGUGCGCUCUUCCCCCCAGGUGCGCUCUUCCCCCCAGGUGCGCUCUUCCCCCCAGGUGCGCUCUUCCCCCAAGGUGCGCUCUUCCCCCCAGAUGCGCUCUUCCCCCAGGUGCGCUCUCCCCCCCAGGUGCGCUCUUCCCCCCAGGUGCGCUCUCCCCCCCAGGUGCGCUCUUCCCCCCAGGUGCGCUCUUCCCCCCAGGUGCGCUCUUCCCCCCAGGUGCGCUCUUCCCCCCAGGUGCGCUCUUCCCCCCAGGUGCGCUCUUCCCCCCAGGUGCGCUCUUCCCCCCAGGUGCGCUCUUCCCCCCAGGUACGCUCUUCCCCCCAGGAGGGCGCAGAUCUGCUGCAGGCGCUGGUGGCGCUGGGGGAGGGCGCAGGGGCGGCGCAUGGGGGAGCAUUCAGAGGAGGGGGGGACGGAAGCGCGGAGGCUGGGGAAACGGAUGGGGGAAGGAGCAAGAGGGGUGGGGGGGUGGAGUCAGCGAGGGGCAAGGCAGGCGGGGGUGCAGCACAGGUGGAGGCGGGGAGAGAAGGCACGCUGGUGGGGAAGUCGGGGGGUCAGGAGAGGGGCGACGGGGGGCAAGGCGGGGAGCGCGUGUGGGUGGUGGUGCUGAGCUCGGGCGGCCACUUUGCCGCCGUGGUGGUGGACGCCGCCUCCCACGGCGCCGUGCUCGCCCACCGCUCCUUCCACCGCUGCCCAUGGCUGACGUCACUGUACCUCUCCUUGCACCCCACUCCCCCUCCCCUCUCCACCCACGUCCACCUCUCCGCCCCUGUGCACUGCUCUGCCCGUCCGCCCCUGUGCACUGCUCUGCCCGUCCGCCCCUGUGCACUGCUCUGCCCGUCCGCCCCUGUGCACUGCUCUGCCCGUCCGCCCCUGUGCACUGCUCUGCCCGUCCGCCCCUGUGCACUGCUCUGCCCGUCCGCCCCUGUGCACUGCUCUGCCCGUCCGCCCCUGUGCACUGCUCUGCCCGUCCGCCCCUGUGCACUGCUCUGCCCGUCCGCCCCUGUGCACUGCUCUGCCCGUCCGCCCCUGUGCACUGCUCUGCCCGUCCGCCCCUGUGCACUGCUCUGCCCGUCCGCCCCUGUGCACUGCUCUGCCCGUCCGCCCCUGUGCACUGCUCUGCCCGUCCGCCCCUGUGCACUGCUCUGCCCGUCCGCCCCUGUGCACUGCUCUGCCCGUCCGCCCCUGUGCACUGCUCUGCCCGUCCGCCCCUGUGCACUGCUCUGCCCGUCCGCCCCUGUGCACUGCUCUGCCCGUCCGCCCCUGUGCACUGCUCUGCCCGUCCGCCCCUGUGCACUGCUCUGCCCGUCCGCCCCUGUGCACUGCUCUGCCCGUCCGCCCCUGUGCACUGCUCUGCCCGUCCGCCCCUGUGCACUGCUCUGCCCGUCCGCCCCUGUGCACUGCUCUGCCCGUCCGCCCCUGUGCACGGCUGCCCGUCCACCUGUCCGCCCCUGUGCACUGCUGCCCGUCCACCUGUCCGCCCCUGUGCACGGCUGGCCGUCCACCUGUCCGCCCCUGUCCGCCCCUGUCCGCCCCUGUGCGCCCCUGUCCGCCCCUGUGCGCCCCUGUCCGCCCCUGUCCGCCCCUGUGCGCCCCUGUCCGCCCCUGUGCGCCCCUGUCCGCCCCUGUGCACGGCUGGCCCCCCAUCAGGUACGUGGUGCGAGCCAAGGCGGGCGGGCGCCAGGCAACGAGGGACGGAGCGGGCAGAGCGCCGCAGUCAGCGGGGGCCAGUCUGAGGCGCUACAACGAGGCGGCUCUUGUCAAGGUGGGGUGGGGGGCGAUGAGCGGGAGAUGGUGAAUGCAAUGGUGUCUCCUUUUCCUUCUAUGGGCCCGUCUGCCCUUCCCCUCCUUUCCCGCAAGUCUGGUUUUGCUCUCCUACCCUCACCCGCUUUCAUUCCCUUCAUUCAGCCCCCCUACCUUGUUGCUUCCUCCCCCCCGAUCCCACCUCCCCCCGAUCCCACCUCCCCCCGAUCCCACCUCCCCCCGCGCCCUCAGGACAUCCGAGCCCUGCUGCAGCACUGGCAGCCCUACCUGGCGCGCGCACAGUUCAUCUUCGUACACGCCACCGCACUCAACCGCGCUGCACUCUUCGGCACCGCGGCAGAGGCUCACGCUAGUCGGGGCACAGGGGGGGCUGUGGCGGGGUUGCUGGCGGCGCGCGACCCGCGCGUGCGGCGCGUGCCCUUCCCCGUGCGCCGCCCCACCGUCAAGGAGGCGUUGCGCGUGGCGCACUCCCUGGCACACGUGCACGUGCUGGGGGGGGCGCAGGGGGAAGAGGGCGGGGCGGCGGGAGUGGAGUGUGGGGAAGGGGAAUCGGGUGCUGUGGGUGGCGGCAAGGGGGUGGCGGCAGUGAGGGCGCGGGAAGAAAGGGCAGAGCAAAGGGAGGCGGUGCAGGGAGAAGACAGGGGGCUGGAAGACGGGAUGCAGGACACAGGAAGAGACGGAGAUGGGCAUGUGGAGUUGCAGGGAGAUGGGGAAGGGCAGGAGAGAGGAGAGGCGAGUGGGGCCAGUGGAGGGGAGGUGCAGGAGAAGGAGGCAGCGGGGCAAGGAUGGGGGAGAACGGCACUCCAUGUGGCAGCUGCUGCAGGUGGGUGGGUGGGUAGAUUCACUGGGCUGCACGACUGCAUUGCUUGCUUCAUGUGUGUUUGCCGCAUUUGCAUCACACUCAUCACGCCCAUCACACUCAUCACGCCCAUCACACCCAUUCUAAGCAACCACGCGGAGGUGGCUCGCCUGCUGCAGCAGGGCAGUGACCCCACGGGGCGGGACGGCAGGGGGCGAGUGGCGUACGUGGUGGCGGCCAACAAGGCCACGCGGGACGCCUUCCGCCGCCACAUGGCAGCCCACCCGCAGCAGUGGGACUGGCACGCCGCUGCUGUGCCCAGCGCCCUCACUGAAGAGCUCCAGGCCUCCCAGGCCGCCCGCCAGGCGGAGAAGGAAGCGAAGAAGAAGGCAAAGGAGAAGGAGAGGAGGCAGAGGAAGAAGCAGGAGGAGAGAGAGCGCAAGCAGCAAGCCCUCCACCAGAGCGCGCCACCAGCGCCAUCGCCGACACACGCAUCGCCUGCAGAGACUGUAAGGCGCAUGCCUCCAUGCUGCCUUCCUCUCCCUUUCUGCGUGCUUCCUUUCGCCCUCCAUGUGCUGCACUGCACGUGCCUCCGGUCACUGUGUCGCCUUGAGUCUAACCACUGCCUGCUCAAGCCUCCUGCAGCCACUCAUGCAAAUGCUGACGAUUUUGUUCCGUGGCUUGGUGACGCGCCUGCACGCAUGUACCGUAUCUGUGCUGUGCUGUGUGGUGUGCAGGAGGAGCAGAGGAGGGCGAGGGAGAGGGAGGAGAGGGCAGCAGCGGCGGAGAGGCGUGUGCAGCAGCUGGCCGGGGGCACCGCUGCGCCUGCCACGGCCCACCAUGCCUCCCCCGCCACCACUGCUGCAGGCAGCUGCUGCGACUCGUGUGGAGCAUCGCUGGCGGGCAGGACGCCCUUCUCCCGCCUCGCCUUCAACUACUGCACCACUGCAUGCGUGCGCGCUCACAAGACCUCUUCUCGCCUGCAAGGCAAGAAGAACAAGGUUCAGGAUGCAGCGCCCCCCUCGCCUCGCCACCGAAUGACGAAGAAGGCGUGGCAUGCGUACACGGCGAGGGAGAAACUGUACUGGCUGGAUAUGCUAGACACGCAGCCCGAUCUCAGCAUCCGGGGGCUGGCGAGGCUGGCUAACUUGCAACCAAAGCAGAUUCGCGAAUGGCGGAAGUUGAAGGAGCACCUCCUUGUUUCAGCGGCUUGUCGUCGUCGCCUCGUUGGCGGAGGCCACGUGAUGGAGGAGGAGCAGGAUGAAUUUCUCCCCAACCCGUUCUACCCGGCCCCCGUGGUCACCCCUCCCGAUGUGACCGUCGAGAUGGAGGAGGAGGCCGUGCUGGCCACUGAAGCUGACGAAGCCGAUGCGGAGGCUGUACCUGCUAAGUCAGACUUGAGCGAGUCCGACGAUGGAGAGGCGGGCGAAGCUGACGAGUGGAGCGACGAAGGGGAUGAAUGGUGGGCCCCUGGUCGCUAUGAGGGGGCAGAGGUAGAUGAGUGGGUGGCGGGUGACGAAGAUGAGUAA